UUUGUUGGAGUUCAUCAACCCGAGCACGUCCGCCCGGCCGCCGCUGACAGCCCGGGGCGGAGGCGACGGCGGCGGAGCGAGGAGCCGAGGAGUAGGAUCGGGUGAGCAAGGUGGGAAUGGCGACGGGGAGGAGGCUGCUGCAGUUCCGUUCGCUCCUCGCCCAGGAGGCGCUCCGCACAGCCGCGCGACCCAAACCCCAACCAAACCCCCACCGACUCCUCCACGCCCCUUCCAGCCCCGCGGCCGCCUCGCCCUCCCUUCCGGCCUCCCGCCUCCCACUAUGGCGCAGCACUGGACCGAUCUUGCCUGCGAGCGCCGCGGCCGCGGCUGCCGCUCGGGGCGCCGUGGCGCGGUGGCUGGCGGCCGCGCGCGAGGCUGGCUCGCUCGAGCUCUUCUCGCUGCAGCGGCAAAGGUCGUCGGGGCGGUUCCCCUCCUCGUCCAUGUUCCUCAGCGGCAUUUCCGGGGCGAGCUGGAUGCCAUCCGCAGAAGGGGCUGUGUUGAUGCUCAUUGCCGCCAAUGUGGGCGUGUUCAUGCUCUGGCGCUUGGCUGAUCCGAGCUUCAUGAGGAGGCAUUUCAUGAUUUCUCUUGAUAACUUCAAAAGUGGGCGUAUACACACUUUGCUCACAAGUGCCUUCAGCCAUGCAGAGGCUGAUCACCUUCUCACCAAUAUGAUCGGUCUCUACUUCUUCGGAUUAAAUGUUUCCUAUGCGUUUGGUCCUGCUUUUGUACUGAAGUUGUAUGUAGCAGGAGCUCUUACUGGAUCUGCAUUCUUCCUGCUAGAGAAAGCUUUUCUAGCUCCACGAAAACAGGCUUAUAUUGGAUGGGACAGUUCAAGGGCUCCUGCGCUUGGUGCAAGUGCUGCAGCUAAUGCAGUUAUCCUUCUUCAGAUCUUUUUGCAUCCAAAGAGACUAGUCUAUCUUUACUUCAUUAUUCCUAUUCCAGCCGCAAUUCUGGGAGCUGUUGUGAUUGGUGCUGAUUUAUGGAGGGUCAAGAAGGGGCAAGGACGUGUAUCAGGUUCUGCUCAUUUAGGGGGUGCCGUCGUAGCUGCCCUCGUAUGGGCUCGAAUCAGCAAGGGCUGGAUCUGAUCGUGUAGAAAUAUUCAUGUGGAGCAAAAACAACCUUCGGCUGCGGCUCCAUCUGGUGGACUGCUUAGUUGCGUUAUUUGUUAAUUUGACGAGUUUGCCUGGGUCGAGGGACGGACGACCCAUGGACCAUGCUGCUCGUCCAACUUCCUGAUGUAGGAAUACUUAAAGUUGGUCUGGAUGCUAUCUCGGAUUCUCGGUAGAAAUCGUUGAUACUGCCAAUGACAGUGACUGGCAGGAAACCUGAUUUCGUCCUGAGGAACCAUCCUUAACAUAACAGUUAGCACUCGUUCCUGCGGCGGAUGGCAAGGGCGGUUUCAUGGCUGGUCAUCGGAGUCUGCCUGUGAUACUUUACUGUGUGUGAUGGAGAAAUGCCUCUGCUCGCGUGCAAACGGGUUCAAGGCUACAAGCUGAUGGUUUCGCUCGCCUGUCGCCACUGCUUCGGGAGCAGUAAUGCGAUGGUAACGCAAGGGCUGCAGAGCUGGUGUCACGUAUCAGACCAUCAGUGUAUAAAUCGCCUCGCCUAGCAUGGUAUCUCGAGGCUACAAGUUGGCCCAUCAGGGAUUCAGGCCCAACUCGAUCGGAGUCCACUACAUUGCACUGGCACACUAGCAGUUGACCAGCUUCUUCAGUGGCAGCGACAUGAAACCGGUUAAUUAUGUGCACAUCAGCCGCAAGGAGCCAUGGACAGGUUGGUUGAUAUACUCGAUGGAACUUAAUCCUCCUCGAUCAGGAAUUCGUCAGGAAUUGGAUGGAGCUCAGAGGACAGGCGUUAGUUUCUUAUCGGGCAGGUAAGCUCACGGAAGGCCCUUCAUGGUCGGGCCGUCAGGUUAACUGCAACACUGAAUUUUAAGUUUUUAACGAUGGACGGCCAGGAAGACAUUGAUUCAGGGCAACUUGUCUUUGAAGACAUACAUGCAUUCAUGGGGAAAAUCUUGGACCUAGAGGUAAUUGAUCAAAGGACUGUAUGAGUGAAAGAUUUUGGAGAAAAGUUAGUAAGAGCUCCAGCCUCGUGGAAACUUUCCCCGAGUCAUUAUUUCUUCUCCGAUUCAUGUGUGUUUUCAUGUAAUCCAAUCAAACAAUCAUUUCUGUAUUUUUUAUGUAUAUAUUUUUUUAUUUUUGCACUUGUAUUCCUUAUCAAAUCCUAUGUUUUCAUGUCCCUACGUUUUUUAGUCAUGUGUUUUAAAGGAG